GAUUUUUAUCGAAUAUCAAACUCUGAUUGGUCAAUUUCAAAAAUCAGUAGAAAACUUAAUGGGUAUUAUAGAAAAUUAAUUAAUGAUUUAGGAAAAUCUGUUAACAAUGAUGGAUUUUUUAAUGGUGGUGAUGGAUUUCUUAAUAGGUAUCAGAAUUAA